AUGGCCACGCAACCAGAUCCUCACCAGGUCUCGCAGGCCGUCGACGCCCUGGCAAGAUCGAUUCUCGCCCAAAGAGUCUCCAAUCACCAGAACAAACCGGCACGACUGCGGAAAUUAGAAUCGCUGAAACAACAGUUCGAUGCUUUUUUGAGAGCAGAUCGGGAAUCAAGCCCAUUGGAAGAUUCUGUCAAAGCCGCACCACCAUUGCGCUUGGACGCCUCAAAACUCGACGAAGAGCUGCAGCAGGGACUCAAGACCGUCGCAGUCGACGGUACGCAGUACGUACUGCUGCCGCUGGUUCAAGCAACAGGGCCGCAAACAUCAACCCAAACCGACCCUGGAACUAAAACCGCAACUACACAGAAAAAGAAAAAGAAAAAGAAUAAGAUUUCAUGCUCAUACUGCAAUACCCAGGGCCAUACCAGGGCCAAUUGCGACCGAAAAACCCCUGUCACUUGA